CAUUUCAGUGACUCAUCGGCGCAAAGCGGUGCAAGGGAUAACAAAAAAAAAAAAAUCAAAAGAAAAAGAAAAAAACGAACUGUUCCAAAGAGAGAGAGAGAGAGAGAGAGAGAGAGAGAGAGAGAGAGAGAGAGAGAUUACAACAAAGUGUCAUAUUAAAGACAAGCUCAGAAAAAAAGUUACAGAGUGAGUCACUCGCCUAUCAACAGAGGGACAGACUGAACGCGUCUUGUUUUACCUCAGCCGGGGUUAAAUGUAUAUCUUAACAUAUUCGUGUUAGUAAUAGGUUAACAACUUGAUAGGGUACAGUUUUAACAAGAAUGGUUAUCUGAUAAGGUCGACAAUAAAGGGCACCGUUUAAUUAAAGGAAAUGGAUACAUUUUUCAUAUAGAUUUUUUGCAUUUAUCUACGAAGCAAUAGCUUUAAGUUUAGUAACUUUUGUGUCUCUGCAGCGGAAAUAACAACACAAAGUUAGCUUUACUGACAUUUCUUAUUAUUAUCAUAAAAAAUAAGAAAAGAAAAUACUUGACAUUCCUGAAUAGGAUUUUUUGUUUUUCUUUUUGAACUUUAAAAAAGUUUUUCAUCUAGAGGAACUUAUACAAAAUACGAGGAGUGAAAGGGGAUCACAUACGUAUCCUCGACUGACCAUUAUCCCUUACCCGGUCGUGUUCCCAUUGGAUCAUGUACCGCGAUUACUCCGGGAACUACGACACGUCCUCCCGAGGCAGCAGCGCAUCUCCAGCCCAGCCUGAGUCCUUCACCAGCGGCAGCUGUACCAUCGGCAGCCCCAUCUCUUCUUCAAGCUACCAGAAGUACCGUGCAGAUAUGCCGGGCUCCAGCAGUGCCUUCAUCCCCACUAUCAAUGCUAUCACCACCAGCCAGGAUCUGCAGUGGAUGGUCCAGCCCACAGUCAUCACAUCCAUGUCAAGCCCAUACGCCCGCUCUCACCCCUACACCCUGCCGGGCACCAGCCACCCUGGCUCCACUGCUCACAACGUCCUCGCCAGGCCAGGAGUCAUCCGCUCCAUUGGAGACACGAGGGGCCGUCGCAAGAGAGAUGAGCAGCUGACCCCAGAAGAGGAGGAGAAGAGGAGGAUCCGAAGGGAACGUAACAAGCUGGCUGCCGCUAAGUGUCGCAACAGACGCAGGGAGCUGACCGAGCAGCUACAGGAUGAGACAGAGAUGCUGGAGGAAGAAAAGGCAGGUCUGCAGAAGGAGAUCGAGAGCCUGCAGAAAGAGAAGGACAAGUUGGAAUUCGUGCUGGUGGCGCACAACCCUUUGUGCAAGCUGCCUCCCGAACAGCGCCACUCCCAGACCCAGCAGUCUGCCCCUGUCUCCCUCGCAGUGCGGCCCCGAGAGGGAGCCCUAGCCCCGGUGGUGGUGAAGCAGGAGCCACUGGAUGAGCCAGGCGAGCUGACCAGAUGCGCUUUAGAUCGCUCGCAGCGUUCUGUCAUCAAACCCAUCAGCCCGGGAGGAGGGAUGGGCUUGUACUUCUGUGAGGCAGAUAGCCUCAACACUCCCGUCGUGGUGACAUCGACCCCCGCGGCCACCCCCAACGCAUCCAGCCUCAUCUUUACCUACCCAAGCAUGCUGGAACAAGAGAGCCCUUCCUCACCCUCUGAGUCCUGCUCCAAGGCCCAUCGCCGGAGCAGCAGCAGCGGGGACCAGUCCUCAGACUCCUUGAACUCUCCCACCUUGCUUGCACUCUAAACCAGGCCACUUGGGCAGGGAGCAAGAAAUGAUGAGAAUAAGGUGUUGCUUUGAACUGUUCUCCCCGAUCUAGACCAAAACCAAUUAUCUAGAAAUAAUUACAUGAAUAAUUAAAUAAGUUAAUGUUGUUGGCAUAGUCUCCUCCCAAAGCAACCCUGUACAUCCAGACUUUUUAAAGAGACUUUUUAAGGGCUAUUGAUGAUGUUUUUUUCCCUUCUUCAAAAAAGCUGAAAGCUGCUAUAACAGGGUCUGUUCAUUGUGUUCAGUAAAGCGGGUUGAACCAUACAGUUUCAUUAGCCUUCUGUGUUGAAGGGGGUUGCUAAACUAAGUCAGUGCAAGACUGGAAGGUUGUUCAGUGUUUGUAAAUUUAAGUUUAAGUUAAGUACUACUAUAUACCGUACAUGUUUCAAGGGAAGAUAAAAAACUUUGCAGUAGUGUUUUUUUUAUUACUCACUGCAUUCUUAUUGUUGAGGACAGAAAAUAAUUCAACAGAUUAAUACAGUAAAAAAAGAAAACCAAAAACUGUAAAUAAAAAAGCCCCUACUAAGUGGUUUAUUGCAAUGAUCCUUAAAAAUGCACUUAGUUUUAUUCUUUUCAAAGUUUCAAAUUUGAACUUAUAUAUCUCAAAUUGUAUACAUAACAUAACUGAAUACAUGCAUCCUGUUUUAGAACAUUUGAGACACAAAUGAUUUUAAGUUUGGGAUUUAAGUUGCUGGAAUACAAUGGGGGACUUUUUUGACCUGAAAAAAGGAACAAGGACCAGGGGUCACAAAUGGAGAUUAGAUAAAGUGGUAUUCAGAA